CCUGAAAUUUUCACCAUGACUCCACCUUCUCAUUUAGUCUUCUUUCUCUUCUUACUAUCAUUCUCUUCAUCACCAUCACAAGUUUCUUCUUAUGUAAUUCAGGAUUUUAUCAUUUAUAGAAGAAUUCUACACCAACCAUUGUUUCCAGCUGGUACAGCCCCACCUCCCGGUAAUGACAAUUCCAUACCUCCUCCGUCGCCCGAGGCUCCUGUUUUCCCAGACCCAAGUCAGCCAUUCUUCCCUGAAGUUCCUUCCGGCCAACGAUACCCAGAUCAGAAUCAACAAAUCACACCACCGGCGGCACCAGCCAAUGGCUCAAUCCCAAUCCCAACCGCAACACAACCCAGCAAACCAGCUAAAACGGUUGCAAUUGCAAUCUCUGUCGGAAUUGUCACUCUGGGAAUGUUAUCCGGACUUGCUUUCUUUUUGUACCGUCAUUGGGCUAAACACCCUGGAGAAAUUCAGAAGCUUGUCGGAGGCAACUCGGAGAGGCUCCGGGAAGAUUCCAGGGUGCCACCUUCGAGUUUUCUUUACAUUGGAACCGUGGAGCCGAGUAGGAGAUCGGUGAGCGAAGCGAAUGAUGGAGCCAAUGUUUCACCUUAUCAUAAAUUGAAUCCGGGGAAGAGAUCGGAUCGGUAUAGGCCAAGUCCAGAAUUGCAGCCAUUACCUCCAUUGGCUAAGCCUCCUACGCUCGAGAAUGCUUCGCCAACGGCAAUGUCGUCGUCAUCGUCGUCUUCGUAUGAAGAGAGUCAGGGGAUUGGUUUUUAUACCCCACAGGACUCCAUGAUUAACAACGAACAAAGCUAUCAUACUCCGGUUGCGCGUUCGGUUAGUGGCAAUUUGGUUACUCCGACGAGUAAUGAAAUGAAUGGGAAUGCUAACUCCGGUCCUCGUUCCAAACGGACAUCUCCUAAAACAAGGGUUUUAGCUUCUUCACCGGAAAUGAAUCAUGUUAUUAUACCUUCCAUAAAGCAGCGGCGUCAGCAGCCUUCUCCUCCUCCUCCAGCGCUGCCGUCACUUCCUCUUCAACAAUCAGAAGGGCUAGCAGCGGAGUUAUAUGAGACCCAAGGAAUUACGCGUGCAAAAAGGGCGAAAUUCUCCACCCCACCUCCUCCUCCAAAUAUGACUCUGCUUCGAUCAAUUAUCAGCCGUCCGUCCCCACAAAGAACAAAAGCUCCGCCACCUCCGCCACCUCCGCCGCCACUUCCACCACCCCCUCCGCCCCCAGCGGCAGCAAUAGUACCUUCAAGACCUAGGACAAUAAGGCCUUUGGAAAGCAAUGCGUCUCCAAAACCUUCCCAAGUGUUGAAAAAGCAAGAAUCCUCGACCCCAAGUCCCAAAACAAGUGCAGGGACCGAGAAUAGAAAAUCCGUGGAAGAAGUUGAUCGUAAAGGUGCUAAUUCUUCAGAGAAGACAGAUGGGGAUGACAUGGACAGUGCAAAGCCCAAGCUAAAGCCUCUGCACUGGGACAAAGUACGAGCAACCUCUGAGAGAGCUACAGUAUGGGACCAGUUAAAAUCAAGUUCCUUUCAAUUGAAUGAGGAUAUGAUGGAGACCCUUUUUGGCUGCAAUUCCAAAAAUUCAGUGCCCAAAGAGCCUAUUAGAAGAUCAGUUCUGCCUCCUGUUGAACUGGAAAACAGAGUAUUGAACACAAAAAAGUCGCAGAAUAUUGCCAUACUGUUGAGAGCACUGAGUGUUACUCGAGAUGAGGUGCCAGAAGCUCUUUUGGAUGGUAACCCGGAAAGCUUAGGUGCUGAGCUUUUGGAGACUUUGGUAAAGAUGGCUCCAACAAAGGAGGAAGAAACAAAACUUGUAGAGUACAGUGGAGAUAUCUCGAAACUAGGUUCUGCAGAAAGUUUUCUCAAGACCGUGCUCGAUAUCCCCUUUGCCUUCAAAAGAAUUGAAGCCAUGCUCUACAGAGCAAACUUUGAUGCAGAAGUGAAGUACUUGAGGAAAUCUUUUCAAACCCUUGAGGAAGCAAGUGAAGAAUUGAAGAAUAGCCGGUUAUUCCUCAAACUCCUAGAGGCUGUUCUGAGGACAGGAAACCGGAUGAAUGACGGUACCAAUCGUGGUGAUGCUAAAGCUUUUAAACUUGAUACCCUUUUGAAACUUGUUGAUAUAAAGGGCACGGAUGGGAAAACGACACUACUGCACUUUGUUGUUCAGGAGAUCAUUAGAUCUGAAGGUGCUGGCACUAACUCUACGAAUGGGAAUCCCGAAAACGUACUGCUUUCCAACAUUAAGGAGGAGGAUUUCAGGAAGCAAGGAUUACAGGUUGUGGCUGGGCUGAGCAGAGAACUCGACAAUGUCAAGAAGGCGGCAGGAAUGGACUCAGAUGUCCUAAGCAGUUACGUGUCAAAGCUCGAAAUGGGGCUUGAGAAGGUCAGGUUGAUUUUACAAUAUGAGAAGCCGGAUAUGCAGGGGAAUUUCUUCAACUCGAUGAGGAUGUUUCUAAAAGAGGCUGAAGAAGAGAUAUCUAAGAUCAAGGCUGAUGAAAGAAAAGCUUUACUGCAAGUGAAAGAAGUUACCGAAUAUUUUCAUGGGAAUGCAGCGAAGGAAGAAACCCAUCCUUUCAGAAUCUUCAUGAUUGUGAGAGAUUUCCUGUCGAUAUUGGAUCAUGUCUGCAAGGAAGUGAGGCAAAUGCAGGAUACAAUAAUGGUGGGUUCUGCCAGAUCCUUUCGAAUAUCCGCAGCUGCUUCACUACCAGUUCUCAGCAGGUACAAUGUGAGACAAGAUGGAAGUUCAGACGAUGAAAGCUCGUCUCCAUGAAGUUGUGUGAAUUCAGGUCCUAAGAAAGAUGAAAUUUGCUCAUACUCCCACGGUUAGACCCUUUUUCCAGCUGAACAAACAAACAGAAAAGAUGUCUUAUUUACACAUUACGAAGCAUGCAAAAGGGUGUAUCGUAAAGAAGUAAUGAAAGCAUAGCAUGCCAACCUGAUCUUCAGUUCACAUGGAGACAUAACUGUUGGCUGGUGAGUUAUGCCCUUUUCAUGUUGUAAUAAUAAGGAUAGAUUGCGGGAAAAAUUGAAGGGUACCAUCAUCUACGUUAGAUAAUAAAAUGGACGACAGAAUGAAGAACAAGCCGGGGCAAGGUAACAGGCAAACCACCUAUAUUUUUCUUUGUCUACU